GAUGGAAAUCUGGUGGGCAGACUGUUGGUAAACAAAGGAGGGUUGAUAGCAGUUAUCUCGGGGGUUGAUUCAGUUGGCUGUAUGCAGUCAUGCAUUAGGACCAUGAUAAGGUGUGUUAGUGAAGGGUUAGGCUAAGUAGCUCAUUGUGUGCGUCGCAGUAUGCAGUCCAGGCCCCGGCUCCACCCAACCUCCCUUCGGGCUUCAGUCGAGUCCGCAGGGCGCGAGCGAACGCACGUCCCCGCCAUCUUGAAUCGCGUCGCCAUUCCGUGCACUUCUAACACUUCCUACUCAAACACCAUUUUACUUUUAAACACGGAAGUGUCGUGAUCACCCACAGUUUAUAACUGAUCCAAACUGCCGUAACCGCACUUGCCAACUCAUUCCAACUCCAAAUAUUGUGAAGUGUUCGAACAUGGACUUCAAAAUGAUAGAAGACAAUUGACGACGCAGUGUCGCCGCUAAAGCGAAACUUUCCCAAUCUCGAUAAUAUUCGGAAAGUUCUGAUAAUGAAUACGUCGCAUUAACAGCGAUUUAGGGCUAAACAGCUCUCCCACACACAUUCGGACCAUCAAUGCUAAAUUACAGACUGGUUUCAACGCAUUUUUUGAAGCAGCCGUAAAUCGUUAAAAGACAAUCUCUAUAUUGACUGUUUGUGCCGUGCCAAUAUGUGCCGUGAUCGGGACAUGUCGGUGCAGAGAAGUGACAUCAUCAAAUAAGGUUUCUCUACGGACGUGACAGACAAUCGUGUCUAUAGUCUAGUGUCAAGCCUCCCGUCAAAACGGCGCGCGUAUCCGCACUGCCGUUUCGUUUUGUUUCUUUCAAUUUGUUUUACAUCAAAGGAUAAGCAAUAGCCCGGUUGUUUAGUGUUUGGUUGUGGAUCAUUGGUUGGGGUUUUGCCUAAGAGCGGGCCCCAGUGCGACCCUGGCCAGCCGUACCAGAGAAAACAUAUCCAGAAUCUUGGAUUCCAUAGUUGGUGCUGCAAGAUACUGCAUUGUGAGUAUAUACUGUUCGUACAUAAUUCGAAUCUUAAAUUCUUAAUUUGAAAUUGUAACAAGGGAAAUCUGAUAGGAUCGCAUCUAUGAAGGUUUUUGUUUGAGCUAUAGACAAUGAAGCUUUUUUUUAGAUGCGUUAAGUUGCGUUAGUGCAAAACAUGAUUUAAUUUCAGAAUCGACCCAUUAACGGCUGAAAACUUUUGGAAAUUGGGUGGUUUAUUUUCCGAGUUAGCGAAAAUGGUACAAUUGGAAAUUUUACAGGGGUACGGACAGGAAAGUGAGCGCUCGAGCGAGCAUCGGGUAGUAAUAUCUGGGCUCGGGUGGCGUGCGCAGUGCUCGGAACGCGAGCGCGAGCGGACUGAAGACAUGGCGGCGCCCGAGUGCGAGCGCGAGGCUCGCAAGCGCCGCGAGCGCCGCGACUCGGGCUGCGCGCACGAGCGCAAGGAGCGCCGCCCGCACAGCGAGGAGCGUCCGCCCCCGCCGCCGCCGCCGCCGCCGCUGCACGACCAUAACCGAAUUGAAUCGGAACGUCGUGCAGAAAGGUUGUCUCGCGCUCGCCGGCCGCAGUUCGGCGGCAAGCGUCGGCGUCCCCCCACCCGGGUACCCAAACACCCGAAGGAGAACGAGUGUUACACUACAUCCGAGGAGAUCAGAUGCAGCACACCGCCACACUUCGACUAUGUCGUUGUGCAGAAACCCCAACUAUGCGAGGAACCGGAGACUCUGGACGCGGGCGCACUGCACCGGGUGGUGGGGCGCACGGAGAGCGCGGGCGAGGAGGCCGCCGCCAGCCAGGCCGAGCGUGCACGCAGCGACGAGCGCAGCGCCGCGCCGCCCAACGUCACGCGCCGGGACCAGCCCGUGCCUGACCGACGGCUGGAGAAGAUCAACAAGAAGAUCUCCGUACUCAAGAAGAACAUCGCCAAGUACGAGACUGAAUUUGAAACUAAGAACGGCCACGCGUUGACACCGAGUGACAGAAUAACAGAUGUGGCACUGACACGAAUGAACGAAACGUUGCGCAGACUGCAGACAGAGAAACGGCUUAUCAAGACUGACCCAGUGGAGUAUGCUCUCAAGCUACAAGCCGCUAAACAGCAGAAGGAGAGAGAUGACAAGCUCGAAGAAGCGCUGAAGAGCGAUAAACCUAUGACUGAUAUCGUUAAGGAUAUUGAAGAGUGGUUAGAGGGGUGUCGUCAGGCGACGGGGCGGGCAUCAGUAGGAGAAGCCCACUGGACGGCGGCUCAGCUGGCUGCUGAGAAGCUGUGUGUCCAGCGAGUGCUGCUGCGACUGGAAGCAGCUAGAGGCCGCCCGCCGGCACAUUCGGCUGAGAGGGGUGCAGCCAGGCAUCUGUAUGAACGGUAUAGAGCUGUGAAGAGGGUGCUGGCAUCUUCGAGGCCUGAUGCUAUCAUAGGCUGCACAAACGGAGAGCUAGCGACGAUUCACGAACACGAGGCGAUGUUAUUCAACUCAAGCGUGGACAGCUCAAGCGAUUCACAGGAGAAACCUUCAGAUUCGUCUCAGGAGACAGCAGAGACUCCCCUCCAGUCCCCCCCAACGCGGGAAGGCGGCGGGGAGGAGGUGCAGUCCUCCACUUCUUCGGCGCAGUCCGCCAGUGAUGAGGCCGCGCCUUCGAAUGAGGGACUCCACUGUUUAGGGGUCGAGGAGUUGAAUAAGGCUCUUACGGAAGCUAAGAUGCAGAAAUCUAUUUUACGCCGCACCAUAAAAGAGUACGAAGUGAGCUUCGAGCUGCAGAAUAGCAGGAAAGUUCAAAGAGACGACAAGAAAGGCCACGAGGACGAAUACUUCAGGUACAAGGCUGUCAAGGCGAGAAUCAAAUUAAUCAACGCCCUCAUAAACAAACAAAAAACACUAACCAAUAAUCAAAAUCCAAAUUAAACCAAAUAAAAAAGGCUAAAAAAGCCUUAAUAUUUUUCAUCUUGCUUCUCGUAAAAUCACUACAAAAUGGCGAUCCUUUCAUAAAUACUGCUCGUUCACGUCCGACCUUUUGUAGGACGGAUAAAUCGGACCGAUUUCUUGUAGGACGUUCUUACUAGGACGUGUAAGUUGCACUAUUGCUAUCAGUGUGGUCUAUUUUUCUCCUACGAAAAAUCGGUCUCCGAUAUUUUAUCGGACGUGGGCGGGCAGCCAAAUGUUUCGUUUCAAGGGUCGUCGCUUAGACUGUUCGUUCAUGUUUUAUAAAUAUGAUGAUUAUUGAAUAAGUACCCAUAAUAUACUCCUAUAUUGAUGCAUGGAAAUUAAUUUCUCAUUAAAAUCGAUGUACAGACUAGUCAACAGUAGAUAAAUUAAUAUUAUUUAUUUAUUUUCCAAUAUUGAGUUACUGAUAAUUUUAUUUUAGGCGAGUACAACAAUUUUUGUACAUCAAAAAAUACGUCAUAAAAAAUCUAGUGCUUCCUAAAUUUUUAUUAAAAUUGAUGUAAAUUGACGACUUGGUAUAUAUCCGAAAUUGCCCCAUUGUCUCUAUAACGUUCAAUGGGUUAUAUAAAAACUUUUCUAUUGCACAUUUUAAAUAUUUUUAUUUAAAUAUUUUUGAAAUUGUAUAGUGCCAAAUAUUGUCGAUCUAUACAAUUUGUUACUGUACAUAAUAAUGACUUGGUAAUCAAAAUAAGUUAAGCCUCGUUCGAAUUAUUGACAACUAAAAAAAAAAGAAAUUGAUGUUCACAAUAGUUUAACGCAAACCAUUUAUUCUGAUGAUGUCAGUGAGAAAUAAUCCACUGAUUGCAAAUACCCCAAUAACUGUUGUAAAUAUAUAAAAUCUCUGUAGUUCUGAUACAUGGAUAAACUAUGUGUAUUCAUUAAAGAAGUAAGAUAAUAUAAAAUAUCGUCUAAUCUAAAUCAUUGUCUGUUCACUGCCCUACACUUGACUAACUGAAACAAAGUAGAAAAACACUGAUUUUCGAUACAUUUGACCACAAUUACAACGGGCGCAUAAGCAAAGUACAAGCAGUAUUUUAUCUACAAUAGGUAUAUACAAAUUCAUAUAUCUAAUACUUAACAUGUUACCUAAAUGUUGUACUGUAUAGAUGAUAUACUUUAUGAUAUUGAUAUUAACUGUGGUACAUAUAGUUGCAAAAGCGGUUCACAUAAUACUCGUAGCUGAUCGAAUUGUUCUUGUUUUUUGGAUGUUUGUAUUAAGUACAUACAUAAGUACUUUUGCAACUGAUUGUACUUUGAAUAGGGAUGGGAAAAUUUAUCGCACUUUUGCGAAGAAAAUGGAUUUGACUGGUUUGUUUGAUGGCUUUCAAAUGUAUCUGAUAUUACGGUUUUCGCGAAAAUACUUGUGAAACGAAUGGAAACUGAAUGAGAAACUAUGGCUUUGUACAUAAUGUAAUACAAAACUAUGAAAAAUCUAUAAGGGGUACUCUAAGAAUUUUCGAUCAUUUACCCCUAUAUAUUAAAUCUUAUUACUGUUAAAGCUACUUAUAUAAAUAGUUAUAUAACUACUAUAUGUGUAUAACUACGAGACCUGAGAAAGUAGAUUAAAAUCUCGAUGUGGAAGAAGCUUCAGGCUUUAGAAUUUUGGAUUGACGCUUACGAUGAAAUUGGAGAAACAAAAAAUAAUCGAGUUUAUGUAUAACUUUACCGCCUAAGACUUUAUUGAUGUCGACUUAUUUAUCAUUUUAUAUAUUUAAUUUUAUAAUUUCCCCUUUAUAUGUUUUGUGAUUGUGUAAUAUACUCGAUCUCAUAUUAUGUGUUAGAAAUAUUCAGGCUCUUAGACGGGCUGGAACUUUCGUUCUCUUAAAGAGAAUUAUAGCAGUUAAAUGUAUUUAGUGAUAAAGUACUUACCUGUGAUUUUAUUAUAACAAAAAUAAUCUUGUGUGACAAGAACUUGGAUGUUUUACUAAUCGUUGUGGUAGAUGUUAGUUGACGAUUUUCCGUUGAACAAAAUUAAUUUUGAAUUAUGUGUUGUUUUAAACAAUAUUAUUGAAAUGGAUGAGACUUGAUAAAUGGUUUAUGCUAAACCUAAAGUAAUGUCUAUAUAACGUUAUAUUAAUACGAGAUAAUUAUGAUGUUUAGAUACACAGGACGUUGGUUUAAAGCAUGUCGCUUUGUGUGAGACUCAUGGGCAUUUGUUUCUAUUAGAACAUUUUGAAGAAAACAAAUGAAUAUCUGGGUUCCAAUGUUGUCAUGCUUUAUCAACGUCCUGCUUUCGCUUGUCAAGAAGGCAAGCAAUUUUAAUACCUAAUUAUUGCUUUGCAAUAUAUUAUAUAAGACGUUCCGCGUAUACAAUUAUAUGACAAAUCAAAAUGGAUAUCAUAUCAAUGUUUAAAUUGACAGUAAGCGAUGUAUUUGUACCGAUCCUGUAACUUUAGUGUCUAUAAGUUACGCUCCCGACUUCUCCCGCCUACAUAUGAUAGCCAAGCACGAAACGCCGUUUCAGCUAAUUUAAAAUUAAUGCAUUGUUUGUGCAGUUUGGAUCGUAAACAAUCUGGAAUGCAUAAUAUUGUAAUCAUACUCAGUCAGUAGAGUUCCACAAAUUGCCACUAAUAUUCAUAUAAUGUUUAAAAUAAAAAAUAGAACAAA